AGUUUACUUGAUAGGAACAGAACUGUCUCGCAAUGACCUUUGCCUCUAAAUGAACACAUAAGCAUAGUCUCAAAUUAAUUGAACACUAAAGUCAUCAAAGGUUACAAACUCUGGGAGAGAGCAGAAACGUCAGAAGAGGAGGCGUUUUCUGCCACAGGAUGUUUUCCCUCAUGAGAGGAUGUGUGAUGUUCAGUCACAGCAGCAACGUGGGAGUGUUUCAAUCAGAGACACAAUGAGGAUAUGAUGCAUUACAGUCGGAGGAACACAUGCAUGGGACCAGGGUUGAUGAUAUCGAAGUACCGGAUCAGAUUUCUCCGCAGCAUACAGUUAAUGUAGUUUGCUGAAAGAGCUUGAACUUUUAGGUGAUGAGGGAAAGAUUCGAGGACAUCAUUCUGCUGGAGGCAAGUUCACACUCUUGGUGCAAAAGAUGAGAGCUUGCUGGAUGUUCAUGAUCCUCCUGAGCUGCAGGUUACCUCAUGCAACUGAGUCUCUGAGAAUCUGUAAAAACCAGCUGAAUAUAGACUGUGUACCUGUCAAUGGCAAUGUGUCCGUGCCUUGCCCAGAGUUUGAAGGAGAAGACGUGACUUUUGAACUUCUUAAAGAUGACAAAGUGAUUUACAACCUUACAUGCAAACCAGACGGAAACAAUACAUCUCUCUGUAAACCACCAUACACCAGGGUCGGCGUAGAACAUCAUCAAAAGAAAGAAAACAAAUCAGUCAGCUUCAUGCUCACUGGAGUGAAUGCCAGUAGCUAUGGUAUCUACAGAUGUGAUCGCAUCAUCACGUACCCUCCCCCCCUCACAACAGUGCAAAGUACUUUGUGGAUCCUGGUACUUGUAGAAGGACACCAAUGCAGUAAGCCUAAACCAGAUGGAGAUCAAAACAAUGGAUUUCUUUGGAUUUGGAUUCUGGGGCUUGUACUUUUUGGCAUCUACAGCCUAAUUGUCACCAUUAUUGCCAGCAUCAUCUGGGUCAAGUGGAGGAGGUCGGAUUCCCAGAGUGAUUACAUGAACACCAAACCCAAAGCAACAAGGAACCGCAAGAAAAGAGCGUUUCAAAAUCCUAUACCACGACACUUCUGAUCACCCGUGCAUCGUCUCACUAUUUGCACAGCUAUCCCGGUUAGUUUCAAUAUUAACACAGGGGUGUCAUCGUAGUAGCUUGCCCUGUGCAGAGCGAGUGAGGUUUUUUUCAUUUAGUCCAUUGUGUUGUCAGUACUAGUUGUUUUUUUUGUCUACACAGCGAAAGUAGCAGUUCCUUUAACAGUUGUGGCUGUUCCAAACAAUAAAAAUAAAAAAGGUACCCACUUUCUGUU